AAAGACCAUCAUGGAGCUGCGGACGCCAGAGGAACUGCCUGUGGCCACGUCUCGAGCUGAGCGGAUGAAAGUUGUGCGGGCCACUGCGGGGCAGAGAGUCACGUUUGGGCGGUCGGCUAUCCAUGAUUGGGGGCUGGUGGCGCGGCGAGACAUAGAGGAGGGCGAGAUGGUGGUGGACUAUCGAGGGGAGGCGCUGAGGCGGAGUGUGGCAGAGCUGAGGGAGAAGCGAUACCAAGACAGAGGGGAGCUGUGCUAUCUGUUCAAGGUGGACGAGGAGCGAGUGGUGGAUGCCACCAUGGCUAGCAACUACGCCAGAAUGAUGAACCACUCCUGCAACCCCAACUGCUUUGCCAAGAUCUUUGACGUACAGGACAAGAAUGGCCACCCGAGUGCGAUCAUCGUCAUCAUUGCUCGCCGCCCAAUUCGCAUGGGAGAGGAGCUAACGUACGACUAUCGGUUUGACCAGGAGGAGAAGGACCGAGUGCCGUGCCGCUGUGGUGCCGCCACCUGUCGCUCCUUCAUGAACUGA